CCACGCGGGUCGUGCUACCGGCCUCAAGAAGAAGGGAAAGGAGGAAGGAGAGAGACACCAAGGGCGGCUCCGAAGAGGAAAGGGGACUUUGGUAGUCGGAAAUCGCCCAUGAAUGGCCGCGUCGGGGGCCUCGGAAGGAUGGGCGAGAGAGCAAAGGAGUGACCCCCGCUUUGCCGAGGCCCAGCAGCACAGAUCGCUGGACCUGAGGCUGGGGGCGCUGGGCUUUGGGGGCGCUGCCUCCUGAAUUGGGGUGCGUUUCCUCUUGACGCGGGAGCCACUGGACUUUGAAGGGCAGCAAGGGUUUUCCCCUCGAGGCAGACGCCCGAUUUCUUCUUCAUCUUCUUUUCGUCCUCCUCCCGAGUCCUGUCUUCGUCCCACAGCUGGCGAUGGAGGUCCCGGCGCCGGUGGGCUGCACGGAGGUCCCUCUGCCCCCCGACCUGAAGGAGCUGGAGAGCAAAGUGGGGCAGAGGCCCCCCGAAGGGCUGCUGCGCUGGCUGCGGGAGGACCCCACGGCGCACUUGCUCCGGAGCAGCCCCGGCCGGGGGUUGCGCCACGGCUUGGGCGAGAAGAUCAAGGCUCUGAAGCUUGAGCUGGCCUGCCUCAGAGCAAUUGAUAUCAAGAUCCUGCAGCAACUGUUAGCAGUGAAUGAGGGCAUAGAGGCAGUGAAGUGGCUACUAGAGGAGAGAGGGAUGCUGACCAGCCGUUGCAGCAGUCUCACCAGCAGCCAGUACAGCUUAGUAGAGAGUCAAGAGACAUCUCGGCGGGGCAGUUGGAACAGCCUUCAGGAUCCUAAUGACAAGUUGGACAGUAUAUCUAUUGGCAGCUAUUUGGAUACCCUGGCUGAUGAUAUGGAUGAAUAUGGACAAGGACCUUCCAUAGAACCAGUCAUGUCAUCCACCCCAGGCAGGCCACUGGCUAGAGCUGAACUGGAAAGUUCAAAGGCUGACUUAGACAGAACUCUUCCUGCCAAGAAAGACAAAGAACAAGAGAAAAACAAACCCUACCUUGAGAGGGUCCCUAGUUUGGUUAAAAGCCAAAGUGAGCCAAAGAGACCCACUGUGCAAUCGCCACCAAUGGCUAAUGGGCUUCAGAGUAGACAAGUUCCAGGACUGGAGCAGAGCACUGAGGCUAAAUUGCCUUCAUCAGCUGCAGAGCAGUCAAGCAAAGGCAGCCCAGCAGGAAAAUUUUAUAGGAAUAGCAAAGCUGACUUGGAGAACUGCAUGAUCAACAGCAGGAGGCACUUGGAGUAUGAUGCCCACUGGCAGUGGGUUCAGUCUCAAGAUGAUGUGACGUUCUUGUAGCAUCCAAGGCCAAGAGGUCUAGGUCAACAAUGGCAAGCUGAAGGCCUCAAGGCACUAGUUGUGAGCACUGUUGGCUGUAAGCUAUAUGUUUCUUGCCAAAAUGGUUGCCUUUGAUGGCGAAUACACUGGUGGACAAAAGAUAUGUCUACUACACAGAUUGCAUCAGUCCUUUUUUAUAUUCAUCCUCCACCCAACAGCAGUCUUGUUUCAGAUGAAACCCCUAUUUUGGAUGAACUAGUGGUCUGCUAUCACUACAUUUGCCAGUCUUAUGCAAUUUGAUUAACUUCCAAAUGUUCUGUGGAUGCUGUGUUGUGAUCAUACACUGUUCACCUACAUGAGAGUUGUAGGCUGCCUUGGGCAUGAUUACCUUAAUAGCAACUGAUCACAAUAAUAGUCAUUAUUGUAAUCAGUGCUUCCAGAAGGAGAAUGUGUUUGCCUAUUCCUGUUCAUAUCACAUGUUAUUCAUGACUUUGGUUUGGAUGAAGGAUUACUUUUUUGACACUGUGCCCCUUUUCAUCAGUCCCAUUAUUAUUCAGGAUUUAUAUCCCUUUACUUCUGAUUUCAGUCCUGGGUUUAAAGAAAGGGUGGAUUACAAUUAAUCCAACAAUGAAAUAUGCAAAUUCAGUUGACACUGUACUCACCAUGGAAAACAUAUUUUCAGUGGCAAGCAGACUGAGUUCCUAAGUUUGGAAUUGAGGGCAGCUGGGUGAACGUGAAAGUAUAUGUGUGCAUAUGGUUAUCAUAGUGGCCAGAAUCAUAUUGGUGUCUCAAGAAUGUGCAAAUUUCCCUAUGAAAAGCAGAAUUUUUAUACCACUGACAUGUUUAAGAAUGUAUCAACCAAGAUGGGACUUUACCUUUUACUCAUGCUUUGCACUUCCUUACUGAAUGAACAUGAAAAUGAGAAUGUUGUCCUUUAAUUGUAACUUGGUCAUUCUGUGGUUUAUGGUCUAGAGCAGGGCUUCUUAAACUUUUUUACUUGUCAUCCCUUUCUGAUUGAGAAAUGUUUAUGCAAACCCAGCUAUAUAGGUGUAUAAAAUAGCUAUAAAAAUGAACAUUUACCAAUAACAAAUCAGCAUUUUUAUGAAGUACAGCUGAAGCAUCUUCUCCAGAGUCCACUGUAAAUACUGUACAACAGAUUCAUGUAAAUGUCUAAAAAAACCGUUAGAUAAUGUUCAGAAUUUUUUUUACUGUUGUCAAAUUUUCCAAAACCCUAACAUUGCAUUAAGGGAACCUCAUUUGAGAUCAGGGCUGACAGUUUAAGAAGCCGUGGACUAGAGCAGGAAAACUAUCAGAUAUUUAUUACAAUUUAUUACAAUAUUUAUAUCCCGCCCUUCUCACCCAACAGGGGACUCAGGGUGGCUUACAGAUACAGAUAGAGAUACUCACGUUUAAAUUAAGCUGUAACAAAUUCUGUCAACUCAUCUGAGUUUAGGAAAGAGGAAUAACACACAUAAAAAACAGAAUUCUAGGAAAAGUGUUUUUAUAUAUAUAGUACAACCCCCUUAUUGGCAAACUCAAAAUCCAUUGUUACAUAUACCCAUACUCUAAAAAAAAAAAAAAAACCUUCCCGAAAGUAUUUGUGGAUUUCUCUAAAUCCUUUAGUGUGAUUCUAUGGUAUGCUUCCAACCCAAGUACAGUUCAAAUAUAGAAUUUACUAUUGUCUGCAAUUUCAGGUAUCCACAGUGUGUGUGUAUGUGUGUUGAAACAUACAGGACAGUAUUGUCCAUAUAGAUGAGCUAUUAAGAAAGCAUUUUGAUUUCAUGUGUUGUUCCAGGUGACCAAACCAGAGAUCAUAUUAAUUGCCUGGCUGCAAUUGAUGUGGUCAGUUUUAGCAGUGAACUGAGAAAUCAUGACUGCAGUAGGCAGAAGGAGGGAGAUUUCCUUUUUUCUCAUGCUAUGGUCCUGAACCAUCCUAGCCCCAGCUAUUUCCUUCCUGGAGGAGGGAUGAGUUUUACUAUGAAUGUGGCACAUUCCUUGCAAAGCCUGACUUUCCCCUGCCACGGCUGCUGCUUGAAUAAUUAAUCUUUAAAAUUAGUCAGGUUAAUUUCAAUUUCUGACACAUCCACUGUGGCCUUGUGUUUUCUUUUCCUGAAUGUUACUUUUGUGGCCUGUUAUGGUUUGCCAUAAUUUGUGAUAUGAACAAUGUAAUUUACCUGAAGAAUGAACUUCAAAAAGUGACUUCUUUUUUUUGCAAUGGUGGCUGCACUCUUUGACUCAUGUCACUUUACAUUUCAGUGUUGUACCAAUCCUUACAUCUUCUUUUAUCUAUGCUAACAUACUGGCAUGUGAGUUUUGGAGGACAAACAGUUUGCUUGUAGCAAUGGUAUGGGCCAGUGUGACUCAUGCAAAGAGUAUGUGAUGUCACAAGCAAUGUGACAAAGAACCAAGCUGUGCACCACAUGGACGGCAAACAUAACCAUCUGUGUUCGCUUCCUAUUGUCUCUCUGGAGAUGUUCCUUGGUAGGUCUCACUAUCAGGGCUAUUUUUCUUCCACUGAAUUGGCAUCACAGCCUCAGUAUUUUAUUGCCAGACUUCUCCUCCUUUCCAUGCACUUCAUGCUUACAGUGAUGGUGAAUCCAUUCUGAGCUUUAAUCCAAACUUUAAGAAAGCUAUUCCAGGUCCUAAACCUAUGUUAUUACAUUUUCUGUUUAGCAGGAGUAGGCAUGGAGACAGCACCCAGGAAAUGAUAGGGACAAAUGAGAGGGUGCUUUGGUGGGAGGAGCAGGGAGACACCACACUCUCUAAUGAGCUGGUCUUGUUGACAGAAUUGUAGGUAUUAGGAAUAAAUAGAACUUGGAAAAUUGCUUUUGGAAACUAUGAUUUCUAUAGUUCCCCUCACACUAAUUAAAAUGUAGUUAUUUCCAAGCUCUGGGAAUGGUUGGGAAAUGUGAGAAUUAGUACUGCAUCUUUCAAGCAGAGGGAUCAAAUGGACAUACAAUACAUACAAUAUACAUAAAGCUUGUAACUAAUAUAGAUUGUUCCUAAAGAGCCUGUCGUGAUUGCCACUCCUUUUUUUGGUAGAGUUGUUCUCUUGAGACCGGUUCUUUUAAAAUAACAAGUAACAUGUCUCUUUAAAAUACAAGAUGUUCCGAGGGAUAAUGAGAAUCAUAUUAUGAAAUAAACAUUUCCAGUUGUAACUUC